AUGAAUCCUCUUCGAAAGCUCCUUGUCCUAUUCCGAAAGCCUCAAAAACCCACUCCUGCACCGCGACCCGAUGCCUUAUCGUCUUCCAUUCUAAAAGCGCGACCCGAUGCCUUACUAUCUUCCACCCUAAAACAUAUACCAGUAGACAUCCUCUUCCAUAUCAUGGGCUUUCUCCCUCUCGAAUCCGCAGUAAUUUUUUCCCUUUCCUGUCGACAACUCAAAGAAAAACUCGGAGGUGAAUACUUCUCAAGAAUCGCUUCCUCAAAUGAACACACACUUGCACUCUUGAAUCUUAUAGUCCUCGAUCUACCAAACUGCGUUGCUUGUUCUGCCUGCAAUCGACUGCACAAUAUGGAAAAUUUGCUCAGAUAUUGCUAUAUAACCUACAGUGCUGGGAGUACAACACGUCGGUUCGAUGGGUUGCGUCUUCCAGCUUGUGUGUCUGAGGAUUGGGGGAGAUGUAGUAGUAUAGUUAGUACUCUUUUUGGUUCGACUGCGGUCAAGAUGGCUUUGAAAAGAGCGCAUCAGAAUCCCGCGUGUACGGAACUGGCGACGAUGAUGUCCAGUCCGAGCGUGAGGAUGAUUGACUGGGAAAAGUAUGUACGACAAUAUAGAGAAGAAUGUCGUAUUGUUCAAGGGCAUCUGAUGCAUCGGUUGCAAAGUGUAUUCAUUUCUGAUGGCGGUGAAAAACACACUGCGUUUCGAAGUUACUUCUCUCCAGCAGAGACGAUAUGUACGCAUAUUAGAUUAUCGCCCCGUUCUUUCUUGGAUGCUGUCGGUUUUGGGGUGAUGAGAUGUGAGAGAUGUCCUACGGAAUACAGGAUUGAUAUUGUGUAUUGCGAAGGUCUUGGAUGGGGAAGAUUCUACACUAGAUGGAUGGACUUGGGAUCUGAGCCGCAAGGGGAAUUGUGGAGUCAACAUCUUCCGCCGACAGAAGAAACGCAGAGAAGACUACUGAGAAAUCUGCUGGAAUGGAGAGUUGGCGUUAAGACUGACAAGACAGCUCAAGAUGAAGUAAAGGUUCCACCAAAGGCUGGAGAGUUAUGUUCUGCUUUCGAGGGUGGUGAGGACUUCAAAUUCGACUCACUCUUGACACCGGAGAAUCAAGCCGAGUUCUUGCAAUUCAGAGAGCUGUACUGCAGAAAGUAA